AUGUUGCCACCAUCCAGCGCUCGACGUGUGCUGCUGCUUGUGGCCCUUGUGUCUCUGUGCGUGCCGUACGCAUGUGCAGCGCCUUCUCUGGUAGACGCAUACCGUGCAUCGCAUCGCUAUGCCCAAACACAGGAAGUUUCUAUGGCGCCCAUGCUGCAUGAAGACGACGGCCGCGAUGUGGUGCCCCACAGUUACAUGGUCAUGCUCAAGCCUGGCGUGACGGCCAGUUCGUUCCUGCAGCAUCGCGCUGCGGUCUCUAACGUCGUGAUGGCGGCUCAAAACGCAGCGAUCUCGGCCUCGUCGGCCGACGAGCAGGCCAUGGCGCAAGCCAUGGGAUUCCGCCACAUUUUUGAUAAGGAUACCUUGCAAGGCUAUGCAGGCACGUUUACACCCGAUGUGCUCGCGUUCAUUCGCGCUCAGCCUGAGGUCGAGUAUGUGGAACCGGACUCGGUGGUACAAAUUACAGCACUCGCGCAAGACGAUCGGUUUGUGCGCACUAUGGACGAAGAAAGUGAGGCUCGUCGUUUGCCAUGGAACCAUCCCGAGCAGCAUCUUACCGAGGUCGGGGCUCCUUGGGGUCUGGCGCGUAUUUCACACCGUGAUUCGCUGCAUCUGAGCACGUUCAACAAGUACGUCUACGAAGCGGUGGGGGGUGAAGGCGUGACGGCGUACAUUAUCGACACGGGCAUUCACGUGGACCAUGAAGACUUCCAAGGUCGGGCGCGCUGGGGAAAGACGAUGCCGCCCAACGAAAAGGAUGUUGAUGCACAUGGGCAUGGCACGCACGUCGCAGGCACGAUUGGCUCGUUGACGUAUGGUGUGGCGAAGAACACGGAGCUGGUCGCUGUCAAGGUCCUUGGCGCUAGCGGCCAGGGCACGAUGGCAGAUGUCACCGCUGGUGUGCUGUGGGCCAUCACAGAUGCCCAGCGGCUUACAGAAGAGAUGCUCGCGCACCCGACCUCCCCGAAGGCCAAGAAGCAUCGCGGGUUCGUGGCCAACAUGUCGUUGGGCGGCGGCAAGUCGCCGACCUUGGACCGAGCUGUGGCGGCAGGCAUUGCCGCGGGCCUGCAUUUCGGUGUGGCAGCUGGGAAUGAGAACCAGGAUGCAUGCAAUGUCUCCCCUGCUGGCACCAAGCAUGCGGUGACGGUCGCUGCGUCGACGAUUGCCGAUGAGCGGGCGUACUUCAGCAACAAGGGCAGCUGUGUCGACAUUUUCGGACCUGGCCUCAAUGUGUUGUCGACGUGGAAGGAAGGGCCGCGAAGUGUGAACACCAUGUCGGGCACGUCGAUGGCGACGCCGCAUAUUGUGGGUUUGAUGUCGUACCUGCUCUCGAUUUACGGCACGGACGAUUUCCACCUGAUGAAGGACGUGCGACCUUCGCGAUUGGGUCCCUUUGCCGUGCAGGACACAUCGUCGUGGUGGACGGCGCUCUGGGCAGUGACGCAGCACUGGUGGCCAUGGUGGCUCACCACGCGGCCGGCCUUGCUGGACGACACGGUAGAGGUGAUGGCCGUGGAAAGUGUGUUGCACCCCGUGGACCUAAAGAAGGCGCUGCACCGCUUUGCGACGCCUGGCGCGCUUGCCGCGCUGGAUCCAGACACGGUCAACAGUCUCGCGUUUAACAAUGCAACUCAAACCCUGUAG